AAUUAAUCAAAUUUUUUUGAUAAUUUAAUCAAUUUAAAAAAUAGAGAAAAUUAUAAAAUGUCUUCUGGAUAUUAAUAGCUCUAAAGCUUAGACGAAUCUUCAGUUCACAUUCCUAUUUAGCAAGAAAAAACAUAGGAAUUGUCAACUUUUAUAGGUAAGGAAUAGCAUUCACAUGGUAGUCAUAAUCACGAUCAUGGUCAUGAUCAUUCUCACUCUCAUUCACAUGGAGGUCAUACCCAUAGUCAUGGUGGAAGACCUUGCAAUUCUAGCCAUGGAGUUGCUUAAGCAGCUGUCCCAUAAGCUUAAGGUGGAAAGUGUGGUCAUAAUCAUGCACCUGGAUAAUCUUGCAGAACAAAAUCUAACUCCUAAAAAUAUUUCAUUAGAUUUUUUACAAUGUUUAUGCCAUGCAACUGUAUAGUCUUAGAAUAUUUCUGGUUGAAUGACACUUUGAAAGGCAAUGAUUUUGAAUACUAAAGCUCAACAGCUUUUAUGCUUGUGAUUUUGUUUUUGUGCUUCGUUACUUAUUACUAAUGUAUAUCGAUCAAUAAUAAUCCUACUAAAAGACAACCUCCUCCUUGUGAUCCCAGUUUAGUAGACCCCUUAUACAGAAACGAUUCUGUAUGUAAAGAGUGCAAUGCUUGGAAACCUAUGAGAGCUAAGCAUUGCAGAACAUGUGGUGGUUGCUAAUUAAGAAUGGAUCACCACUGCCCCUGGAUUACAAAUUGUGUUGGGUUGAGAAAUAACAGAUCAUUUUAUCUUUUCACUAUAUAUAUGGCUGCAGGUGCAGUUUAAUAUUGCUAUAGAACUUUAAUUUAUUUCCAAUAUUUAAAUGCUUUGGAUAAUUUUUGGAUAAAUAGCUCAUUCUUUUAUCUUUAUUGGUUAGCCACUACUGUUAUCUUAAUUCCUAUAACUAUUAUGCUUGUAGGCUUGACAGUAUUCCAUUCAAUGCUUCUUGUUAAUAAUGCUACUACCCUUGAUAUUAUGGGAGGUUUAUCUUUGAGCUUACCAUUUUCUCCUCAACAAUCACUUCCAUAGAAUAAGAGAUCAGUCAAUCUCUUUAACAGAGGUCUUAUAUCAAAUGUAAGAGAUUUCUUUAGUGGUGAUAUCUUUUUAUUCUGGUGGCCUUUUACAACCUAUACACCUAACGACGGUACAUCUUAUGAGAUGGCUCCUCCUUGCUCUUUCAAUGAGAUUUAAAAUAUAGUCUAAAAAUAAAUUGUUAAUGAAGAUGGAAUUGACCUAAAUUAAUUAGUCACUGAUUUUGAUAGAAGAAUAGAAGCUGAAAAAGAGCGUUUGAAAGAAUGCAAUCUCCAAGUAGACAACAAAAUCUUUGAAUUAUGGAAAGAUUUACAAGCUUAAAAGGAAGAACAAUAGAAAAAAGAAGCUUUGAUUUAGUUAAAGUAACAACAAUAAUAAUAAUAAUAAAAUUAAGGCUAAGCUUCUGAAGCUGUUGUUUAAAAUUAAAAUGAAAUUAAUAUUUUUUGA